AUGAACCUCGCCUUGUGGGCUUUGACUGCAGCCCGAAAAGGCAGGAAAAAACAGAUGGUUCCUGGGUCCUCGGGUCAUAUUGUGGAGGAGACUGCGUCCAACCUACGAACCACAAAGGAAGCCAAAGAGCUGAUACUUCUCCUGGUCGAGAAAAGCGUUUCAAGUCUGAAUUGUAUUAUCGACGCCAUCAACAAUGAUGCUUCGUACGAAGAUUUGCUGAGCUUGGUCCAGCUGUCACAGCCUCCCCCGGAUUCUCCCAUAGAAGAUUCAUUCAGAAGCACUUCUUCGGUAUCUCGCUCGGAGUGGGACUCACAAGAGCCUUCUUCAAAGCCAGAACUAUUACUACAACACAGCGAGAAGAUUACCAGCUCUUCUGCACCGCCCGCUUCCGAUCCUAUAUUACAUGGUCUCCCUGCAGAUGACCCUGAAUCUCCUUUGCCUGGCCCAGCUUUCAAGCCCCCAUCGACUGAUUCAACCGAAUCUUGUCUGGCAGAUUCACGCGAGCAUAUGCGAGAUCUGCGGGUCUUCCUGCCCAGGAAUGAGACGCUGUCUAGUAAAAUAAAGGUAAAGGUGGAAACAUCGAAUGACCGCAGUUUCUUGGAAGACACGGCUUCGGCCCCGCCCUUGGGUUUACCUGAUCCAAUCAAUCCUCUAGCAGAAAACAUACAUGGGCUCGCCGAUGCCCCCAUUCAAAAUGAUGCGACCAUUAGGCCAUCGCAUGUUGGCGCCAAUGAACUGCAUUGGGGAGCUAAAAUGUCAACAAAGAACAUCGCUUCAGCUUCAAAACUGAACGUCAGCUUGAACGACCCUAGCUCAUUCUCUCCUAUAAAAAUAGUGAAUGGCCGUGUUGCUUCUUUCACCGCUCCUGAUGUUGAUGUAUCGUCGAAUCCCCUUUCACUGGCUGUGAAUUCCAAAUAUAGCGCAGAAGAACCUUCAGCCAAAAUUACAAAAACUAAUGACACAAAUGGGAGCGACGAUGGCGCUGAUAAUUCAUUUCAAGCCAUCAGCACUGCAAUUCGAAAGAGUUUUGCUGGCAAAACCUCUAUGGGCCUUCAUCCUGGUCUCUCGAGUCUGCACAAUGAUGUUCAAUCUGACAUCUUAGCUUCUCAUACUCUGUUCACGGGAAAUGAUCAAAAGAAUUCUAAUUACGUGCUGAGGUCCUUACCAAAGCCUGACGCCAGUAUAAAAAAUGUCAAGGUCAAGAUGGAACCCGAUCCAGACUCUGUCAAAGCCCCCCCAAAAGUUGAAUCCUCUAAUUCAAGAUCUAGAUCAAACACAUCCUCCUACACUGGAAUUGUCUUUGUGAGUUUGCCGAACAAAGAGCCUAUAAAAAUACACCCUACAACUCAAGCCGGAGCAGGGGAAACCGAAAGGAGAAAAGAAAAUUCAUUGGCAAGCAAUGUUCACUUCUCGCAAAGUAUACAUACCGCAGAUCAAACCAACCAGCCUCUGGAACCUCAUCCUCGGAAAACUAAAUGCCGUGGCGAAGACUCACAGAAUGAAUCGAAUCAGGCGAAGCCACCAGCCCCAGUUCCAAAUUUGUUUUCGAAGAAAGUGUUUUCUAAUAUCCUUCCUCCACCCAAAAAAGUGAGCAAGAGUCCUGUGAAAUCCAUGAGGCUUUCGCCAACAAAAUUUCCUUCCCAUCGACUACCGGAUCGCCUCUCCACUCGAACCACCAAUGCUGGCUCUCCUAUCAAGCGAGAAAUAGCAUCGAAGCCUCCUUUCAUUGGAAGGUCUCCAGUGAAAUCUCGAGUUGCCGAACCUCUAUCUCGCUUAACUGCCUCAUCUUCCGUUUCCAGCUCUAGAUCCCCAACAAAUUAUAGUCAUAAAUCUGACCGCGGGAGCAUCAGAGGCUCCAUGACAAAUGUGUCGAUUCACCAAGCUCAGAACCUCGCUAAAUACCGGUCUCAGCAGGAGAUUUUCCCGCCCUCAGGCCCAGAAAAAGAUGGUAAAUCGUUUUCAUCGGAUAAAGACUUUCUAAAAAAUAGAUUUCUGACGACAGCCUUGCUCCCCAAUAACACCAGGCGAUUGCGGAAACUGGUGCACCCUGAUAACGUCCAAUCCCAUAUUCCGAAAGCUUUGGUUGAGUCUCAUGCUGGACCAUUGAAGCUCACCAGUCAUUUUAGAGAUCUAAAAUCUGCAGUCAGACCAGAACUUGAGCCCAAGCCGGAAUUGUUCCCGCAUCUCCAAUCCACGAGCGAUCCGAGGCUUGCUCUUAAAAAAGAUUUUCUGAGCCCAGAGAAAAGGGAAGUAACGAAAGUAGACAGAUCACAGGCACUUCUCAAAAAAGUAAGAACACCUUCGAUUGGUAUACCAAGCACUCACAACACAUCCAAAAAAAGAGCCAUUGGGAACGCGGUCCCUUUGCCUGAUGCCGCUCGUGGAAAGUUUAGGAAGGAAAGCACGACAAAACCCUUUCCUAGAGAUGUUAGAGGCUCCAGAACGCCAUCGAAAUUUCCCUCUGUUAACCCACGUGCUCGUGUUCUCCAUGGCUUACAUCCAGAAACACUGCCUGAUUCACUCCCAGAUAUCCCUUCUGAUGAUGAUUUAUUACGUGACACAAAGCAUGUCAAAAGCUGGGCUGGAACCCCAGAAAUUUUGCGAGCUAUGAACGAAAAGCUGAACUUAGAUCCUAAGGCAGUAUUUGGCGAGUGUACAGACUUAGAUAUGGAAGAUGUCUUUAGAUCCGUUAAGAGCCGGUCAGACAGAGUUCCCCUGCGAACUAUGUGA